CACGGCUAAACCCUAUCAGAAUGGAUGUGAACCUCAAAUUCCGAAAUCUUAAUCACAAAAUCAAACUUAAAAAAGGUUAGGGUUACCGAAGAAACAAGCAGCGAUCUUCCGGCGACAUAUUCUCCGAUCGGUCAAGCGAUCCUGCUUGAAUAAUGAGGAUAAACUUCUGUAGCAUACAAGAUAUCUGUAAAACCCUUGAGCAGUAUGUAUAAGUCAGAGGUUACUUCUACCUGAAUAUGGUGGUCUACUAGUUUAUCAUCCGUCUGCUGCAUCAACAAGUGCUUCCUAUGCUCAUCCAUCUACAAACCCUCAUGAUUCUUCCUGCAGCUUUGGCACAAACCAACUUCACCUACAACAGAAUGCAUACCAAAAUAACAUCUAUCAAAUCAGAGCCUGAGUCCACUUCUGCAUCAGAACACCAUGUUUUUGUCAGAAGAAAGAGAUCAAGAAACCCUGAAUUAGUCACAAAAACAGAGCCUCAGGACCAGAAAUUCACUAGUAUCCUACCCGACAUUGAAGAAUUCGCAUAUGGAAAACCAAGUAUUAACCUACCUCUAACAAAAUCCAAACCCAAAACCCAGGUCAAACCAGUCAACCCACCUUCAAACUGGGAAAAAGUUCUCGAACAAAUUCGCAAAAUGAGAUCGUUAAAUGAUGCACCGGUAGACUCCAUGGGAUGUGAAAAAGCGGGUACUUCUCUCCCUCCAAAAGAAAGAAGAUUUGCAGUAUUAAUAUCUUCACUUCUCUCAAGCCAAACAAAAGACCACGUCACCCAUGGAGCCAUACAACGUCUCCAAGACAGCAACCUUCUAAAACCGGAAACAAUCGAGAAAGCCGAUGAAACAACCCUAAAAAACAUGAUUUACCCCGUUGGAUUUUACACUAGAAAAGCCAUUAACAUGAAGAAAAUAGCGAAAAUAUGUUUGUUGAAAUAUAACGGGGACAUUCCGAAUACACUCGAGGGGUUGUUGUCGCUUCCGGGUAUUGGUCCUAAAAUGGGUCAUUUGGUUAUGAAUGUGGGGUGGGAUAAUGUGCAAGGGAUAUGUGUGGAUACGCAUGUGCAUAGGAUUUGUAAUCGGCUUGGUUGGGUUAUGGGGACAAAGACACCCGAGGAGACACGAGAGGCGUUGCAGAUGUGGCUUCCGAAGGAGGAGUGGGUCCCGAUAAAUCCUCUUUUGGUGGGAUUCGGGCAGACCGUUUGUACUCCUCUUCGGCCUUCUUGUAGUUUGUGUAGCGUUAAUGAGCUCUGCCCGUCUGCGUUUCGGGCAGCCACCACGCCCAAGAAGAAGAUGCCCGGAAAAACAAAGCGUGAGGAAUUGUAAGUAAGUAUUGGGUCAGUAGACUUUUGAUGUUUGUUUAUGUAAUUAUAAGCUUUUGUGAUGGGCUCUUUGGUUUUAAUCCAAGGCCAAAACAAUAUGGGUGUUUUUGUGUGGUUGCUUCAGUGUUAGGUAGCAAUAGCAGCAUGCAUUGUAGGUUUUAUUGACCAGAUCUAAACUUAAUGUUUGGCAACCAAGGCUAGCAUUUAUUGUGAUGACCAUAUAA